AAGAAGAUAAAGAGAAAUCGAGACAGCAGUAAACAUCCAGUUUACAGAGGAGUACGAAUGAGGAAUUGGGGAAAAUGGGUAUCAGAAAUUCGGGAGCCACGUAAAAAAUCACGUAUUUGGCUAGGGACUUUCCCAAAUCCAGAAAUGGCAGCUAGAGCUCAUGACGUGGCAGCUUUAAGCAUAAAAGGUAAUUCAGCAAUUCUCAAUUUCCCUGAACUAGCUGGUUCACUCCCUAGACCAGUCACACUUAGCCCGCGUGAUAUUCAAGCAGCAGCAGCUAAGGCAGCAGCAAUGGACAAAUUUGAUAACAAUAAUAUAAACAUUACUACUUCUUCUUCUUCUUCUGAUGAUUCAUCACCUAAUAAUUCUACUUCAAAUAUGUCAACUUCUUCUUCGCUAUCAUCGUUGGUAUCAGCAAUUGAUUUGGCGACAUCUGAGGAAUUGACUCAAAUUAUUGAGCUGCCAAGACUAGGCACGAGUUAUUUUGACGAUGAGUUGAAGAAUGAUUUUGUGUAUUGUGAUCACUCCGCAGUGGAAGGUUGGUUAUAUCCUGAUGAUGGAGGAAUGAUUUAUUCAAGCUGUUUUGAGCCUUCUUUGUUGUGGAAUUACUAAUUUUUUAAGUACUGUGUGCUAAUGAUGCAACCCUUCAAAUUUGUGUGGACUAUGGAUUUUCUUCUUCAUCUUUUUUUUUUUGGUUGGUGUUUGUAUAAAAAAAAAAAAAAGGUUUUAGCCUUUUCUUCAAUUUUUCUGUAGAGGGGCUAAAAAGACUUUUCGAUCCUAUUUCCUUUCUUCCCUUUUGUAAGUUGUAAGUUUUGCUAUUCAAUAAAUCUAACUGUACAGUGUUAGGAAGAGAAGAAUUAAAAGGUCAUAAAUGCCUUGUCAAUAUUUGUUGGUCUA